AUGACUUCAAAUAAAGCAGUUAAUAAUGAAUUUCAAUUAACAUCAUAAGGUUCUAGCAGUCGGUUCCCAAAUGGAUAAAGACAAGUCUAAAAGGAAGUUAGUUUGAAUUAAGUCAUAUUUAUAGCAAAUUUUUAAAGGCAUUUGAAUAAUAUUGUGAUAUUAUAAAAGUUUGGCAUAUUCCAUCAAGCUUUAUUGGUAGUUACUUCAAAUAGAGGUGACUAGUUGAUAAAUAGGGAUAAAUAAUAUCAUAUUAUUGAAUACCAAGAUGAUAGCAGAGUUAAGGGUUACUAAAUAAAUUUAAAAAAGAUAUAUAAUGCACAAUUCAUAAAAGAUUUGAAUAAAUUUGAGGAUGAAGAAUUUAUUUGGGAGAAAAUUUCAUUAAAGAAAUAGUUUGAUAUAGAUACUUUAGAUCUCACAGCAAGUUAAAUUAUGGAUAGGAUGCAAAAUAUUGCAAAUUUAAAGGGGUCUUAUUGUGUUCUUACAAACAACUGUUAACAUGUAGCAAAUAAAUUGACACAAUAACUUUUGCUUGAAAACAUUUCUAACAAAAAUGUCGUAUUUCUAGCAUUGGCUGAAAAAUAAAGUUACUUUGAAGAAGAAGAAUCACAACCUCAUUCAGCAUUACUGGUGGUUACUAAUUAUUAUAAUAAUGUGUCAUAACUAGAAGAUUAAAAAUAUUAUAUUAUUGAACAUCUAUAAGAUGGAAAAAUAAAUGCUUAUCAGUUUUAUAUAAGGGAUUAAUUGUAAAACUUGGAGAAUUUGAAUUUAUUUAAUAAUGGGAGAAAUUUUUGGUAAACAAAGGAAAAAAUUUGUAACUUUUAUAUCAAAUAAACAGUAUCUAACAUUAUUGAUAUAAUGGAUAAUAUGAACUAUCAUAAUGUUAGGAAUGUUAAUAAUAGUUAUCGUAUAGCAAAGUAUACUUUUGACCAAAUUAAUUAAAUUUAAGAAUAAGAAAGAUAAAGAUAAAGAUAAAGUAGUGAAUUUUUUAGUGAAGAAGGUUUACGAAAAUUUUGUUAGAUAUUGAUAAUAAUAGGGUUAAUUCUAUAUUUCAUUUUAAUUAAAAAUUGA